AUGUUGCUGCGCAUGUUUGCACUGGUGCUUGUCUAGUGCGGUUUAGCUUUCGCAACAAAUGUCAUAAAGUAUGAUAUGCUAGGUUAGUUAUACAAUUAAUUAUCUUGAAGUUAAUGCAAUUAUUUUAAUGCAUGAAAAUACACCUGGAUAAAAUGUAGGGAAUAUGUCGGAGCGGACGCACACACUAAAUCACAGUGUUUUAACGACUGCGUGUGCCUGUUUAAGUAGGCUGUGGCUUUAUGACUGAAGUCGAUAAAGGUUCGAGGUAAAUGUCUCGAAGUGUUGCGCCCGAAGACGUUUUCCUUGGUUCCACAAACUGUUAUACGUCCAUAAGGGGGCGUCGAGAGCUUUGCCUUUUAUCACCUGGGGCGGAUGAAAUCCACUGAAAUGCAUCGAAACUGAAGUCCAGACACCCUUGCCGGACAAAAAGGGACAGGACACUGUCGAUGAGGGGGAUGAAGAGACCUGUACUUCAUGAGCUGCACUGAAUAGUCUUCCGACUUGAUCAAACUACCGUAUCAGUAGCGUUGAGAGGCGCUCCCUACGCUAGCAGCAGACAGAAGAGAGGGGCGCCACCAAAUUUGCCCUGGUCACCCAGAGGGAGAGGGUACCGACUGUAAUUGGUGCUUUCGCUCCUCUGAUAAGAAAUUCAGAAGAACACGGCAGAAAAGCUACAUUUACGCUCGGAAAACAGUUCGGAAAAAAUAAAGACACUGCAGAGAUGUCUGAAGCAUUGGCACAGCAGGAGCGACUCCAGGCUAUAGCAGAGAAGAGAAAGAGACAAGCAGAGAUAGAGAACAAACGGCGGCAGCUGGAGGACGAGCGCAGGCAGUUGCAGCAUCUUAAGUCAAAGGCAUUAAGGGAGAGAUGGCUGCUAGAUGGCGCGCCCUCUGCUGGCUCGGAGGAAGAUGAAGCAAAGAAACAACUUCAAGAGGAUGAGGCCAAGACAAAAGGACUUGAGGAAGCUAUUCUGAGACUGGAGCAGGAACUGGAGGAGUUGGAGACAGGUGUGUCCACAACAUCCACCAAAGAAAGCCUGUCAGAUGCUGCCCAGCAAGACGAAACCAAUGUCACAGACAACAAAGUUUUGGUAGACACUGUACGAGAGGUCAGAGAGAUCAAAGUUCACGUCAGCCCUCGUCUGGAGAAAUCCAGAGGUGACUGUGACAUGUUGAGAGCAGCGAUGUACUCCGUAGAGAUCACUGUGGAGAAGGACCUGGCCACGGGCAUGACCAAAGUCCUGUCCACCAGCACCCUGCUCCCCAAAGACCUCUCUCAACAUGGGGUCAAAGUGUAUGAGGAUGAACAGAAAGUGGUGCAUGAGGUACGCACUGUGGACGGGACUGUGGCCAAUGGUGUCCACCAGCUGAGCUCUUCUGAGGUGGAAGAGCUCAUUCACAAGGCUGACGAGGUCACCAUGAAAGAGGAUGGCACGCCCGCACAGGAGGUGGAGAAAGUCUCAAAGUCAGAGAAGCCCGAGGUCACCCCAGCUCUGGCGGCUGUCCCUGCCCCUGUCGAGAUCACGGGUGUGGAGGCCAAACCUGCUGUGGCUGCCCCACCCACGGAGGUGGGCACCGCUAGUGCGGAGAACCCCGUCACCAUGGUGUUCAUGGGCUACCAGAACGUGGAGGAUGAGGAUGAAACGAAGAAGGUUCUUGGGAUGGAGAGCACCACUGUGACGGCUGAGCUCGUGGUCAUUGAAGAUGGAGAAAACAAGGCCACAGCCAGCAAUGCACAGGAGGAGCAGGCACCCCCGAAUGGAGGCCCCGCCGAGCCAGCCAAGGCCCAGGAGGUAGCAGCAGAUGCAAGCCUGCCUGAGGUAGCCUCUGCUGACAUCAGCGUCAAAGAGAAGCAGCCCUGUAAGUGCUGCACCAUCAUGUGAACGCAGGAACACUGUCCCACAGGGACCCUUCUUCCCAACGGUGUGCCGUGACACCAUGCAAGCAAAACAACACCAACGCAAACAGAGAGGAGCAACGUCUUGUACCUUUUGAUAGAAAGCUAUUGUUUUCCUACUUCAUUUGUACCUGUUUCAGAAUUUACUUUUUUAUUUGAGUUUUUUCCUUUGCAUUCUUCAGCCUCCAGUGCUUCUUUUUUGCUUUGAUUUUGUUGUGGCAGGCAAAUGCUCUCUAGUGGCACCUGUUAACCACACCUUCCAGAAACAGGUUUGCAGGUUUAAUUGUUGCUCUGUUGCUUUACGUUACCAAGCAUCGGUCAACACCCCCCUUCCUCUUUUCCAGCUUUCACCUCUUACACAAAUUCAUGAGUUUUGUAGUCUUACCUUUCUAUAUGAAGGACUCAGAUAUCUCUGUAAGCAUAUAAUAUAUAUGAAUCAUUUAUUUUUAAUAUAUAUUUAUUUUAUGUUGGAUUCUCAAGCUCCUUGUUUUGCAGAAGCAUGGCGUGUGAGUUGCUCUCUGGUUCUGCUAAUGCAUUUCAUCUUUCUCCAAAGUGGACAACACUAGGAGGGGAAAGAACAGUCCUCCCAGAGUGCAACAUUACGACUGAUCAAACUGUGAGCAAAAACAUAUUCUUGCUAUUCUGCAAGAAGCACUAAAGUUAAUAUGGGAUUUCAGAAACACAUGCUACACUUAAAUACUAGGCCACAUGUUAUUGGAUAUCAGUGGUGAGCAAGCCUAGCCAUGUAUUGAUUUCAAGUGGCGUGCGUGCGUGUGUGUGUGUGUGUACAUGUGCACUUUUGCACCAGCAUUUGUGAUGGUGCUGUCAUUUGAAUUCUCUGUCUCACACAUUGGCAUAAAAACACACAUGCUGUGUGGAAUUACAGAACAAGCCUCUUAUCAGGACCAUGUGUUUUGUUACACUCACACAUAUACAUACACAUACACUCACACACUCACAUAUACACUUACAUAUACACUCACACACACACACACACACACACACACACACACACACACACACACACACACACACACACACACACACUCACAUGCUUGCUCUGUUCCCUCACUAUGGUCAAUUCUGCAUUCUUUUGUUUUACAUUCGUAUGAGUCUAUUUGGGAGUGGCCCUCUUUAUUCUGAGAAUUAUUCGUGGAGUGUCACUAAUUUUAAAGAGAGGGGUCUUUCAUAUUGAAAAAUCAGAAUGAGUACAUGAUUUGAUUCUCUCCCUGUGAGCCUUACUUUCUUUGUGUUCAGUAUUCAUGCUCAAUCAGUGUCCACUGCUUUUUGAUGUUACCUGAAGUCCAGUUAAAUCCCAGGCCUUUUCGAAUGAAUGGCUGAUAAAAUAACUGCUUUUGUAAUGUGUGGGGCACUGAUGUGAGUAGCUCAACAGCCUUGAUCUUUCUCGGAGGUAGAUGGCAUUCGUGCAAGCAGCAGGACUCUGCGAUUAGUCCAAGGGGUCAUGUGGGAUGGGGGGGGUCAUGUAGGACGAUGUGGGGGUCAUGUAGGAUGGGAGCCAACUUACACUGCCUCUGCUCUCACAACCCAGGGACAAAGGACCACAGAGAAAUGACCGGUUUGCUAGAGCCAGACCUAUACAAAGUCCAGUCAGCCUGUUCAGCAGUUAUUGCUUGUGAAUGAUGCUUGUGACUGUAAACUAAGAAACUGCUGAGGUUUUCAGGCACCACGUACCCACGCACCCCUCAGAGCCCAGUCACACAGCAUAGAGCCCCACUAUCGAACGGCAUGGAAGCUGAAAAUAAAUGUAGUGGCACAGAAUGAUAAUUGGCAAUUCAACCAGUUUAACCAGAUCCGAAAGAUGCCUAUCACAGUGUAAAAAAUAUCAGCAUGCCAAAGCUUUUUUUUUUAAUUCUUUUUUUUUUCUCCCUUUAUUGGUCAUUACCUUUCAUCAGCUGGUGUUAAUGGCAUAUUGCUUGUUGAUAUUAAUGGAAGACGUGAUCGUCCUGUCUGUAUGUAAUACCUGUUCAUGUAUUAUGAGGAUUGAUUUCAUUAAGGAUACUUGUGGUGCUAAUUUAUCCAAACUGUCAUGCAACAGGUUCUUUUCUAAAAUGCAUUCUUUGCAGCUAGCCAUUCCUCCUUGUAGCGUCAAGAGUGUAUGUCCCCUGAGCAUCAUGCCUGCUUUCCGAAAUUUAGCACGUGUGCUAAUAACAAAAGCUAACCUUUCUCUCUUUUUUUGGCUAAUUUACUUUUACUUUUUAAUUUUUAUUCAUUUAUUCUUUGUAAAGACACAUACAUUAACCUGUUUUUAUUAAGAAGUAUGAUAUUGCCUUAUGCGUUUUCAUUGGCACUACCACACUAGUUUGGAGGUAUUUGUUUAGGACCGAUUCGUAAUGCACGGGUGUGUUGGUGUGGGCACGUGUGCGUUCCUUGCAUAAUGGCAGUAAUGAUGUCUACAUAGCUGCACUUACUCUGGUAAGAUUUCCGUGGGAAAUCUUUGGCACGUGCCUUGACACUACUACAGUUCUGACUGCGAGCCAAAGGUGGACAGAACUCAUGGAAACAGACACACCUGUGUGUCCAUAUGAACCGCAAGACAUCCCAUCUGCAAAGACAUCCCAUCCCAUCCACAAAGCCGUGCGGUGCGGCGUCAGUGAACCUUUCUAGUCUGCACAGAAGUCCUGAUCUUGGAGCAGCUCCCUCAACCUUCACCAAUAUGGCAGACGAGCAAAAGCUGACUCUGGAGCAGCUAUUAGGGGCUUCCUUUACCAUCGCCCAGACUCACACGGCAUUGUGAGCUUUACAUUUACCUCAGACCCCUUAUCUUUUGCUCUGCAGCGCACCCUAGUGUUCAUCAGUACUAACAUUCCAGUUCCAAUGUGUUUCACAGCCCUGAAUGCCUUGUUGCCGGGCCAACUGGACCGGCAUCUCUCUUUGUAAACAUGCAUGCUUUUUAUAGGUAUAUCCAUAUAUCUACAUAUCCAUGUCCGUGUUCAGUAAUGUGUCCCUCUCCCUGUAUCAGAAGUCUUCCCUAUCCUCCAUAAUGUCAGUGAGCUAGAUGUUUCAAUCAUAGUGACUAGGAGCGUGGUAGCCGAAGGAGCGGACUUCCUGCUAGUGUCAAUGAGAUCACUUCCUCUGCUGGAGUGAGGCUCUUGGCUGCUUUGACACCCUGUAUCUUCCUGGAAGGAUGAACGUCUCCUAGUCCCUGUUGUGGGAAUGAGCGUGUGUGUUCCCACUGUCAGAGCUCUGUGCUCUGACAGUUUGGGGAAAAUCGGCUUUCUUACUGAAUUGAAAGUGCUGUAGAAUGGGUUUGAAACAAGAUAUUAAAUUGUGACUGUGCUUAAAGGAAACCAACAA